UUGAGAAAUAAUUGCAUUGUCUACUUCCAGGUUACAGAUAAAAAAGUUUCCAGGAAGCAUGCUAUUCAGAAAGUAGUUGGUGACCAGCUUAGCAUCAAACCGGUCCAUGUGAACCCCUGUUUUUAUUGGCCUGUUGAAGAUGACCAACUACUUCCUUUGGAUAGAGAUAAGUGGCAUCAGUUGUGUCCAGGUGACAGUUUUUCUCUGUUAGUAGACAAAUACAUCUUCAAAGUUUUAUGUACUCCACUGGAAAAGGAAAACCUGCUAAGGGAAAAUGGUAAUCUUUGGGUAGAAGACAUACCAGAUCAAAUGUCCACAACUCUGCAGUCAACCAAGAUGUCUCACAGACAGCCUUCAGGACAAUCAACAGUCCCUUCUAGCAAAGACCAACUUCCAGAAGUACAUUCAUUUAUAGAAAAAGCAACCGAAAUCCCAGAGAAGUUUACUCUUCCUAAAAAAGAAGAAUCAAGCCCUGCUCAGCGAAAAAGACAGCUUCCAGAAUGGAUGCUGCCAGCAGAUCUAAUGGCUUCAACCCAGUUGACCUCAGCCUCUAAAAAAGUGAAAAUAGGUAAUAAUGAAGAAAUAAAGCCAGGUCUAAGAAAAAAGCAGAAAAUGCUUGAAAGUGAAGAUUCUGCUCUUGUAACAGAGGGAAUGUUUACUAAAGAUGUUGCAAAGAAUAUGCCAAAGAAUGGAAGUAAAAAAAUAUUUCAGAAAGCUGAAAGUUCUAUACAGCAAUUUAACAAUCAGCUGAAUAAUGAAGACCUGGAUCUCAACUCAGAUGGACAGGCAUGUCAGCCUACUCAAGUAAAUACAACAAAUAGAGGAAACAAGUUGGAGAGUGUUAGCUCUAAAACUAUGCAAGUUUAUGAGAAGCCAUCACAAUUACUUCAUCAGGGAGAGACUCAAGAGACUACUCUGAAUCAGGCUAUUGGAAUAGAUACUUCAAAUUUAAUGGAAAGUCAAGAAGCGCAACAGAGUUCUAACAUAAACAAAUCCCAGAGGACUGCUUGUCAGUAUGGGAAAAGCUGCUACAGAAAGAAUCCUGUACAUUUCCAGCAGUUUAGUCACCCUGGUGAUAGCGAUUAUCAUGACACAGAAGCUGUAACUCAGGUUGAUGAUGAUAGGCCUGAAUGUCCUUAUGGAACUGCUUGUUACAGGAAAAAUCCACAGCACAAGUUGGAAUACAAACACACAGCUCCUCCAGAAUCUGAAAGAAGGCAGAUGAGAUCAAAAGUUACAAGAAAAGUAAGAAGUGUUCUUGCGGAGGAGAGUGAUGAUGAUGGUGAACCAAAUGAAUACAACUUGAGUGACAGUUUUAUAGAUGAUGAAGAGGAGGAAGAAUGUGAUCCUACUGAUGAAGAUUCUGACUGGGAACCAGAUUUUCAAGACAGUGACAAUGAAGAUAUGGACAUGCUUCUCAAAGAAGCACAGAAUUUUGUUAAAACUAAGAAGUAACUGUUUCCAAAUAUUUUGAUAUAGUUUAUGAAACGUCAUUCAGCUACAUGAAACUCCCUUGAAAUUAAGCUAAGUAUUGUUAGCUUAGAAUUAAUAUCCGUUAUAUUUUUAACAUUCUCUGGAUGAAACCAUUUGUGCUCUUUGAAGAAGAUGCAGUUUGAAAGAUAGUCAUAAUGGUUGCUGGAGAAAAAUUUAGGCUGGUUGUUGUUUUGAAGACAAAUUAAGGAUUGAUCAGUCCAGAUGAAAUUAAGCCAUUUGAAUUUCUGUUCAGUUUAAUAUGGUAAGCUAAAAUACCAAACACUUUCCUCACUGAAGUGAGUGGCAUAAAAUGUGAAGAGAUCUGGCUGCCAAUAUCCCAUUAAGUGGUAAUUUCACUUCUUGAAUAGUGGCUUAAAUUAGUUUUACUUCAUAAAAUUGGGUUAUGUAUGUACAUUUUCAAAAUUACAAUUGUUCCAUAGCUGAUAAUGUUUGCGAAAAAAUCUUAAGUGUUAGGAAGUGCACUUAACAUUGCUGGAUUAAUAUCAUCUAAGAACUAACUGUUCUAGAUAUGGCUUCGUGAUUUAAAGUGAUGAAUGCUUUCCUAAACUUUGUAUUAACUCAAGAGCAUAUUCCAUUGCACACAUGGAUAAAUAAUAACUCCAUAUUGAUAAUAGCAGUAAUUUGUAUUUCAGUUCAUUUUUUUAUUCUGUCAAGCUGACAACAAAACUGUAAAUAGUAACUUUUUUCUUGUAAUAUGCUGUUUAAGUACUAUUAUUUCUAUUUGAGAAGAAAGUAUAUAAAUUUAUUUUGAA